AUGGACGUAUAUGAAUAUGUACUCACUCGGCCUAGCCCGAUCUCUUUCAAAAACUUUCUUAAACGCAGAUAUUUAGAUCUUCUACGCUCAGCAUUUGAGCAGUAUAGCAAAGACUUAAAGGUGUGUUUUAAUAGUCUAUCUUUAAUCGUUUGUGUGUAACCUGUGUUGUGUUUUACUGUUUUGUGUGUCAACGUCCGUAUGUAUACUAUAUAAUUGUACCUAUACUGUGAAUAGAAUUGAACUGCAGGUGCCUUGCAUGGGAACAUUUUGAAGAGUGCCGUUCGUGCCUUGCCUUUUUUGGAUCUAACUUUAAAAUAUCUGCGUUUCACUAUGUAUUUUUUGCAUGUUUGUAUAUAGAUUGAUCCAAAUAAAUUUGUUAAAAAAAGACCAUACCAAAAAGACUCUGGGCACGAGGUUGAGUGAAACCUAGGCCUUGGGCACAGAAUAAGAAGGUACAGCAGAAGCGUAACUCAAGCAAGUAUUUGUCCGCGUUUUUACAAGCGAAUCGUCAUCAAUCACGCUAUCCUGGCUAGUACAACCGGUACUUUGUGCCUACCAAAACCUUAUAAAAACUUCCGGUUGUACUAGCCAGGAUGGCGUGAGCGAGUUAAAAUUUUCGUGGACGUAAAACAAUACGCUUCUGCUGUACCUUCUUAUUCUGUGCCUUCUUAUUCUGUGCCUUGGGACCAACUUGGGACAGAUGAGAUGGGUCAGGCGAAACCUUCACGGGGCGAAACCCGCUAUUUAAUAUAGACGCUAGUGCCUACUAAGAUUCUAGAGGUUUAUAACCGUGGGGUGAAUCACCCCAAAAAAUCUUCUGAAAAUUCUUAAAAAAAUCCAUAUAAAAUUUUAAAAAGUCCUAUACCCACAAAUCUCGAAAAAAAUCCCAAGCAAGGGUAGUUCGAAAUCAGAAAAAUCUUAAACGUUUUGGAGCUCGUUUUGGAGUGAUAAGCCCCUUUGUUGAUAAACCUGAGUAAUUAAAGCCAUAAAAGAUGAAAUAAAGAAGAGGAAAAUAUAUUGGCUAUUCUCACAAACGUAUUGAACGUAUCGCCUAUAUAAACGGAUACCUGUCAAAUACUGAAUCACAAAAGACUAACCCAGUCAUUAAUAUUGUUUCCAUAACAACCCUGUGUAUGUCAACAAGCCUGGUUACCAAGCCGUGUAAAAGAUGAAAAUAUGGCAGCGGAACAAAGCUGAACAGUAUAAAUUGUCUUUGAAGUAGUAUUUCGCAAACGUUUUUACAUGUAAAAUAUAGAAGCUAUUUUCUGUUUAUAGUACUUCGUUGGAAUGACCUUUGGUUCUAAAAUGUCGCAUCCUUCAUCUAAGGCAAGAAUAAGGUAUGGAUUUUGGGUUGAUAUGUCUGAUAUGUUUUGUACAUUGAUUUCCUCAAGUUAGAAAUAGAAUUAUAUAGCUUAAAUAAUUUGUAGAUUUGUAGUAGAAAUGUGAAAGAAAUAUCUCGGGUAAAAUUGGAAAUCAAUCCUCGUAUCAAGGCUUGCCAAGGAUGAAAAUAGUCCAUGCUUUAAAUUCGAGUAUUAUAAAAAUAAAAUAUACUGUAUAUACAUAAUACAAUAUUAUUCUUGGUUCUGGCAUUCUGCUGAUAUAUUGACAUUGUCAAUGUCAAUGUCAAAGGCAUCAUCUAUUAUAAAUCAUUCAAUACCAACGAGGAAAUAUAGGAAAAUUGUUAGAUUAGUACUUUAUAGUAAGUAUUUCAUGUCAGCUGUAACAAUAUACUAUAUGUGAUCGAUAGAAAGGGGUAUAUAUAAAAGCUUAUUGAUCUAUUGGUGCUUAACUGCAUGUAUACCUAUGAGAUAAAUAUUUAUUCAUUGCCCAAACUCAAAGAUAUUGCACUCAACUUUUGAUAUGGCAUGGAUAAAACUGACACCCGUACCGUUUUAUCUGUGCUUUGCGGACAUACCAUUUUUUUCUAACUUUCGAACUAAUGUACGAUAUAAUUUUUAUAAUUUUUCAUACAUUUAUCAAAUUUCCUACAACUAUUACUUUUCAAGAUUUUUUGCAUAAUUAUAUAUUUUGCCUGACGAGCGUGUUGUUAAAAUUGCCCAACGAAACUGCAAUAUUGCAAUAAUGAGGGGGGGGGUCACACCCCAACCCCCCAGUAGUUACGGCCCUGAGUAUGACAAACUGGAGGGCAGGAUAAAUAUGUGGUCCUUUUAAGUCAAGAAUUUUUGCACACUUUUUGUUUUGUUUUGUUUUGCUUUACUUUGACUUAAAUUUAUGCCAAAAUAAUGGUGAUGUAUCAAUAUGGAAAUUUGUAAAUAUUUCAAUAAUACCGACAACCGAUAAUGAUAUUAUACUUAUUACUUCAAAAAUCAAAAAUUAUAAUUGGACUUACUGUAGAAACUUCAUCAUAUUACUAUGAAUUGAGAGUAUGUAUGUGUGUAUGUAUGUAUGUAUAAACUUUAUUUCAACACAGAAAUCUCAUCAUUACAUAAAUAAUGCUCUUCCUGAGAGCUGUGCAUGGCUAAUCAUGCAUUAAUUAUCACUUAGAAAUCAUAUACAUGUGUACAUUGAUAAUUUUAUAUUUCAUAGUUAUUUGAAUAUGGCAAAACAUUGAAUUUAUAUUUGAUACAUUUGGCUCACCGAGAUUUGUUACAACCAAUUUGUUUUAUACAGCAUCUGAAAAUUAAUAAUUGUCAUUCAUCAAGUAAAUAUUAAAAUAAAUACAUCUUUCUCAAAUAAGAUUGGAACAAAACGUGUUGUACAAAAAAUCCACUCCUGGACCGUGCAAUGGAAUGUACCUUACAUUUAAAAUAGCAAACCGUUAUUGGAUGAGGUUUUUGUGAUAUCCAGAAUUAUCAAGAUAGCUAAUUAAGUGUUAUCAGCCCAGCCAAAAGCGAGAUUGAUGACACUUACCGAGAUCUUGAUAAUUCAGGAUAUAUCACAAAAACCUAAUUCAAACUGUUUUAUUAUACAAUGCAUUUUUAUUAAUAACUUUUUCGACAAAGAAUGAUUUGUCUGACAAAAUUAGACAACGUUGGUUUUCAAAAACAAGAGUAAAAACGAUUGAAUAUAUCACAAUAACAGCAUAUCUCAUAAACAUUCACAUUUAAAAACGUGACGUUAUUCAUGUGACUUAUUCAUGUGACUGUUUAAAACUGCCGCUUGCUAUAAAAUUACAUACCACAGGAUCAACCUACACAUAACUCAGUUAUCUGCAGCAGAUAACUGGGUUAUGUCACUGCAAUGCAUAUUUUUAACAUAUAUACCAGGGGCAAUUUGGCCCCCAGGUCUUCCUGUUGGCCUCCCUUCCACUCAUGCGAUAUUGGCCCCCCAUUCCUUGGACCCUUUUAACACAUUUUUUUGUGUUAAAUCAUGAAAUGUGAAUGUAGUAAGUCUUUGUCUGUAUUUCAUCAUAGUUAAUGAGAGUAUAUAUGAAGAAAUUCUUUGUGGAUUUGUCUGGAUGUUUGUAAACAUUAACUUUUAUACAGUAGCUUUGAGUUAAAAUAUAUGUUGAAAGACAUUAAGCACAUUGUGAGUAAAAGUGUUAAACAUUAACUUCUUAUAGAAUUAUUUAAAAUGCACUAAAUAGAAAUUUUGGAGUCUCCAUAUUUCAAAAUUUUCUGGGGGAGGGUGGCCCCAAACCCCCGUACAAAACUCAAGCCGAGCAAAUUGGUGUUUGUAUAAUUAUAAAGGCUGAUUUCCACUGUUGCGUUUUUCAUAUACGUACGUAUACGCACGUAAAACUUUAAAUCCGUUUAAAUGUUACUUAAUAUAUGAAAUAACCAAAUAAAUAAAGCAACAUAAUUUAGUGUUCCGCAAGUUUUAGUAUGCAUUUGUUAACUUAAUGUAAAAUAUUAAAAAAAUAGAAGGAUUCAAAGUUUUACGUGCGUAGUGUACGUGGUACGAAAAAUGCAACAGUGGAAAUCAAAGUGCGUAAUAUAUUUGUUUCAGUGCUCUUGACAAACUUAAACAAAGUAAUGCUGCAAAACUGGAACUGGAGACAAGAAAAAUGGAAGAGAGAAUUCGUUCACUGAAAGAAAAGAUGAUGAAAGAGAAAGAAGAACGAGAGUAA